UCGCCACUAAUGUUGGUCAAUACAAAAAUGCUGUUCUUAUUUUAUGCACUGCUAUCUCUCAGAUUUGGAUUUUGCACGGAAAAUAAGUUUGAGAUAAAGACCGUGACUGCUGGACAAAAUGUGACCUUGACAUGUCUUCGGCAGACCUCUGCUCUCUACCAAGAAACCUUUUACUGGAUCCGUCUUGUUUCUGGAAACUGGCCUGAAUUUCUUGGAGCAACAUUUAACUUCAUGGACGAUGAUGUUUCCAAGAUUCCUCACAUUCAGACAAAGCAAGAAAGAGGAGAAUUUCUUCUUCAUAUUAAUGAAGCUCAGAGAAAUGAUACUGGACUUUACUACUGUAUAAAAGUCAGACAACUUGACUUCAUAUUUCUGAACGGAACAUUUCUGAAGAUUAAUGGACAGGAAUCAGAUGUAACUGUUGCCCCUCUGAAGUCUCCAUCUGGUCCAGUACUUUCAGAAAACCCAAAGACUCUACAGUGUUUGGUUCUUUCUAACUCUGAGAGGAAAACAUGUCCAGCAGAUAAUAAGGUGUACUGGUUCAGAGCUGGAUCAGAUAAUUAUCAUCCCAGUUUAUUUUAUCUCCAAGGAAACAUUGGUGAGAAGAGUCCUGAAGUUCCCUCUGCACAGAAAUGUUUCUACAACUUUCCUGAGACCUCUGAUGCUGGGACGUAUCACUGUGCUGUGGUUGCAUGUGGACAGAUAUUAUUUGGAAAUGGAAUAAAACCGAAGGGUCCCAAUUUACAGGAGUUCUCCAAAAUAUUUCUUCCUACAUUGUGCUCGGCUUUGGUAAUAAGUCUGGCUGUAAUAUCUUGGCUCAUUUAUAAAAUCAAGAAGAAAACAUGCAGUUGUUGCAACGAACCUGGAUUGAGUGUUGGUGAUCACCAGCAUCAGCAGAAGGAAGAGAACACUUUGGUUUAUUCCGCACCAACGUUCAACAGGAACAAAGCUAAAAAAGUAGACCGAAGGAAGGUAAAAACGGCGCAGGAGGAGACGGUCUACACUGACGUUAAAACACUUCGAUAGAACUUUGCUCUAAACUGGUUAAAUAAUUGUUUUCUAUUCUCAAAACUGGUGGUAGAAAUAUAUAUUUCAUUAUUGAAUCUGUACUAUGUAUAGUUAAUACAUCAUGUUCUAUGUAGGAUGAUUCAGGUUCAUUGUUUACAUUUAUCUUGGUAUUUUUAAAAAUAAAGUCAAAACCAUUCUUUUAACUCUGAUUUUCCAUUGUAACAAAUUUGCUAUUCAUUGCAUCUAGAAUUAAAUCCCAGAGGCAUUAGCUGUGUUUUUUUUUUUGCUAACAUUUGCUUAAUAUUGAACAAAUAUAAACAAAAAAUGCAACGUUUGUAACAUUGUAAUUUAAAGCUUGUAACAAAUUUGUAAUUAUUAUUCAUGGUAUUUAAAAUCCCUAUGAAUUCCAUUUUGAUAUGUGAUUAAUUUAAAUCUGUUUAAUGUUUAGUUUGUUGUCAUAGCUUUUCUGAAAAUAGAAAAAAGAAAAAAAUAGAUUAAAAAUACAACUUGAAAUAAUAGUCUACCACUAAAUCAUCUUUACUAGGACACUUUUGUAUUAGAUAUGUUGAUGUUUUUGACAGUUUUAUUAAAUUGUGUUAACCAUG